CGAGUAGCAGGACCUGCAUUUCAGGCCUUCUGAAGUCUCGGCAACCUCUUCUUGGGACGAGUACAUCUCCGUGUUUGGAAGGCUUGCCUAUUGUCCAGAGUGACGGUUCUUUUUUGAGUUUUUGCCUAAGAGAGAAGGCUUUAGAUAUCAAAAGUCUGAACCGCAUUUAAAUUCACGGCAUUCGCAACCCUUGAUUCAAAGACGUUUUUCUUCUACGACUCUUACCUAGGUAAUCAUUGUAGACAACUCGCUCAUCGACAUGCCUGGUCCAAAGCUCAAAAUCGCCAUCGCUGGUCUCGGCCGCAUGGGAGCCCGACAUGCUCAUCAUUUCUAUGCCUUGACUCCGCGAGCAGAUCUGGUCGCCGCUUCAUCACCAGAGCCUCUCGAGUUGACAUGGGCUGAGAAGAACCUUGAAGGAGUCAGAACCUACCUCGACUACGAUGAUAUGUUGGAACAGGAAUGCGCCAAUGGCUUGCAAGCCGUCAUUAUUGCCAGCGCCACUGCUGUGCACGCUGAGCAGGCCAUCAAGGCCAUCAAGCGUGGCCUGCACGUCUUGUGUGAGAAGCCUCUUAGCACUGGUGUCGAAAAGUCCCAAGCCGUGGUCGACGCCUACAGACAAUCCCAAGGCCAGUUCCCAUCACAGAAAGUUAUCUGCGGCUUCUCACGACGAUUCGAUGCUUCAUACCGCGACGCGUUCGAGAAAAUGAGUUCUGGCAUGAUCGGUGUCCCUUCGGUCUUCCGAAGUCAGACUUGCGACAAACUCGACCCUUCCGGUUUCUUCGUCGAGUACGCCCAAUUCUCCGGCGGCAUUUUCGUUGACUGCUCGAUUCAUGACAUCGACCUGGCCCUUUGGUUCUUCGGCGAGGACAGCCGUGUCAAGAGCGUCAGCGCUGUCGGCAUCACUGCAGUCGAGCCCGGCCUCAGAAAAUACAACGACCGUGACAAUGCACUUGGUCUGGUCGAGUUUUAUGGCGGCAAGAUCGCUCAGCUGUUUUGCUCCAGAAUGAUGGCUGCCGGGCAGGAGGAUUCCACCGAAAUCACCGGCACAAAGGGCAAACUCGCCAUCAACACACAGCCACAGACCAACUUGGUCCACAUCUACGAGCCAAGCGGUAUUCGUCGCGAGAUCCCGCCUCAUUAUUACGGACGAUUCAGAGAUGCUUUCAUCAACGAGGCUAACGAGUUCACGGCCUGCUGUCUAGACGACACGCCUCCUCCGAUGAAGCUUGAAGGUGCGGUCAACGCGGUGCGCAUCGGCUGUGCCCUGCAAGAAGCCCUCAUCACUGGCAAGAAGAUCGAGUUCGAUGAGCAGGGUCGUCGGAUGAAUGCUGGCCAAGAGCAAGGAGAGCUCAGGGCUAGGUUGUAAGCGAGGAGAAUUCAGCCUAAUGGGCAUCCCCGCGGAGGCAGCCUUGCGACGACAUCGAUGAUUCGAACACAGGUUGUUACGGAGUCUUCAUUGUUGGUAUGAGAUAUAUUGACUGGACAAUUAGAGGGAGUCUUAGAUGCAUAAACAGGAUGAAGGUAGGAGUACUCACUGUGACCAAAUUCCACGGUACAGCUACUGCGUCCUUCAGUUUCUUCCUUUCACAUUCGGUGUUCUGCUCUUCAGCUGUUGCU